CGCAGGUUGCAAGCAGCAAAAGGUCGAAGAAGUCGAAGUUGAGGUCGACGAAAAGCGAACGGAAAGUGACGUCACGGAGUACAUUAGUCAGACCAACUGACUAAUCCAGGCACAGACCCGCAGGUGAUCGGUCCCGCUUUUAAGAUUUAUAUAGGGAAGGUUUUACAAGGCAAAAAAGAAGUAGACAGAAGAUGCUGGCGGAUGGCGACGACGAAGGGGUCGAGGGGGUCCAGGGCGGGUUGCGGCCAUGCCCACGGUGCCGUCGUGGGCCCACGGGUAACUAGAAACUUCCUACAAGCCCCGAAAGUGGUCGACGGGACGUCUAUAAGAAGGAGCUCCAUCCCUCGAGUUUUCGUCCUUCCUAUCAUCAGCAUCCACAACAAACAGACAUCAACACAGCACAACAACAACAACAACAACAACAACAACAACAACAACAACAACAACAACAACAACAACAAGACAACAAUCAAUCAACGAUCUACUGUCAUCCACUCGAGUCUAUACUCAACAGCAACAACAAGCAACCUAAUCAUAUCUACUUCUACAAACAUCACCUCAACGAAACAAAUCAAAACAAUCACAAUGGCCUCCAACGCUACCGACUUCGCCAUCCACUACGCCUCCUUCGAGCUUCCCCACAUGAAGCGCGAGUCCAUGAACACCUUCUCGGCUGCCUCUUCCCGCUUCCACACUCCUCGCACUUCUCUUGACAAUGGAAAGCGCACUAUGCCAUCCACCCCGGCCUUGUCCCGCUCUAACUCCAAGACUCGCAUUGGUAGCCCCAAGUCCUUCGACUCCAAGGAGCGCAAGGCUGCCCACGCCGAGGCCACCUACCUUGCUCUCCGAUAGGUGCUUCGUUCAAUCAAUAUGCCAACAAACCGACAUCUUCAGUCAUCAAAAGUGCUUUUUUGGGAUUCUUGGGUAAUCAGCGAGCGCACGAAUUGGAUGUGACAUGGAAACGGAAAAAAAUCUUCUGGAGUUCAACAGGCUUUUUUUCUCUUAAUGAUAUAUGAUACCUUGUUUAAUGGGAUGGAAAUGAAUGGAUAUAUUAAUCUCUUACUUAAUUUUUUUUGGGAUAAUCUGUUCUGAAACUGGCAGUGCUUGUGAAGAGCAGUUCUUCUACUCACAUAAAACUAAAAAUAAUAUCAAUACAAUUGAUUACCCUGCUCACUCAACUGCUAAUUACACGCGAAUCUAUAAAAUCAAGAUAUAAUCAAUAAAAUAGCGCAAACAUGGAUGUUUUGCC